GUUUUCUUCCAAUAAUACCCCUGGCAUGGCUCCAUGACAACACCUUUGUCUUCGUCAGCUCAACGUUACACACACGUUUCUCUCUUUCUUCCUCUCUCUCUCCACAAUUGACGCGUAUAUCUAUGCUCAUUAGCUUGCACUAUCGAUAGCAGAAGCGUCAUUCGCUGCUUCAUCUGGAGAUUAGCAGAAACCAUGGCGUUCUUCUCCUAUACGCCUCUGCUGCUUCUCGCGCUCACAGCUUCUCUCUCAUAUGGAGCGAUGGAGCCGAGAGUCGGCGUCUGCUACGGCGACCUCGGCGACAAUCUCCCCAGCCGCGAGAAAUCCGUCGAGCUAAUCCAAAAACUCAACGCCAAACGCAUCAAAAUCUACGGCACCAACGCCGCGACGCUCAAAGCGAUCCAAAACACCGAUCUCCAAAUCUCAAUCAUGCUCCCCAACGGCCUCAUCCCCGCCGCCGCCUCCAACCAGUCCUUCGCCGACGAUUGGGUCAAAUCAAACGUCGCACCGUUCUACCCCAAAUCGAAGAUCCGCUACCUCCUCGUCGGCAACGAGAUCCUCAGCAACCAGCCGAAUUCCACCUGGUUCCAGCUCGUCCCCGCCAUGCGCCGAAUCCGCCACUCCGUCAAAAAAUUAGGGCUCAAAAAGGUCAAAAUCGGAACUCCGUUAGCCAUGGACUGCUUAGAAGCCUCCUACCCGCCCUCGGCCGGCCGGUUCCGGUCCGACGUCGCGGACCGGGUUAUUAAACCGAUGCUCCGGUUUUUAGACCGGACCAAAUCCUUCUUCUUCCUCGACGUCUACACUUACUUCGCUUGGAUCUCGGAUCCAAUCAACAUCAACUUGGACUACGCCCUGCUCCAGCCCACCAACAUCACGGUUUCGGAUCCGGGUUCGGGUCUCAAAUACACCAACCUACUCGACCAAAUGAUUGACGCGGUCCACUUCGCGAUGAACCGGUCCGGUUACCCGAACAUCCGGUUAUUCCUAGCCGAAACCGGCUGGCCCAACGGCGGCGACCCGGACCAGCUCGGCGCUAACGUCUACAACGCCGCGACGUACAACCGCAACGUGGUCCGCAAGUUCUCGGCCAAGCCGCCGCCCGGGACCCCGGCGCGGCCGGGGGCCGUCAUCCCGACGAUGAUCUUCGCGCUGUUCAACGAGAACAGCAAGCCCGGUCCCGGCACGGAGCGGCACUUCGGGCAGCUGUACCCGAACGGGUCGUACGUCUACCCGAUCGACUUCUCGGGGAAGACCGAGCACUACCCUCCGCUGCCGAAGCCGUCGAGCAACGGGAGGCUGUGGUGCGUGGUGGGGGACGGGAGGAACGCGACCGCGCUGGCCGGAGCGCUGUCGUACGCGUGUAGCCAGGGGAACGGGACGUGCGACGCGAUCCGGCCCGGUGGGAAGUGCUUUAAACCGAACUCGUUGGUUAGGCACGCGAGCUAUGCUUUUAGCUCGUAUUGGACGCAGUUUCGGGCCGCUGGGGCGACUUGUUCGUUCAAUGGAUUGGCUACUUUGACCUCGAGAGAUCCAAGUUAUGGAUCUUGCCAGCUGCCAAGUUUUAAUCUUUGAGCAAAUGGAAGGAACAAUAUUAUUAUCAUUAUUAUUUGUUGGAAAAAUGAAAAAUCAGUUUUAGGGCUAUAAUUUAAUGUAUUUGUCCAUCCUUCGUUAAUAAGCCCUGUUUUGGGCUUCGUGAGGUUUAGUUUUUUGUGGCCCAAUUUUUUGUUGUGUAUCAAUACAAUAUUUAUACUACUACUCCUAUUUAUUUAGGAAAUUAACUUUGGAUUAA